AUGCAAGCAGCCAAGAAUGAGCCGCACGGUUCGUCGAAGAGUACCGAGUCGGUGCUCGGCUGGCUUUUCGAAGAAAAUCUGGCUAAGGCAAUUCAGCAAGGAGCGCUAUCGGUGGCCAGGUCUGCCACUCGUGGCUAUGCCACCGAGUCGGCCAAGAAGAUCACCAUCCCUGUCCAGCUCAAUGGUCUCUCGGGCAAGUACGCCGGCGCGGCCUACUCUGCAGCUCUGCGCAAGAGCGAGGACACCCUCAAACAGGCGAUGCAGGUCGAGACGGACCUCACCGCAGUCACAAAGGCGCUCAAGGAUGACGCUAAGCUCUCUGCCGUCGUCUUCAACCCGACGUUGUCCGUCCAGGAGAAGAAGACCGGAUUGACCGAGCUCUUCAAGAAGGCAGGUGGACGAGGACGGCUCACUCAUGCAACUGGCAAGACGCCCAACGAUAUCACCAAGAAUCUUUUUGACGUCCUCAACGAGAACGGAAGACUGCAUGACGCUGCCAAGGUUGUCGAGGACUUCCAGGAGAUCAUGAGCGCACACCGAGGCGAGGUCGUCAUCACAGUGACGACCGCUACACCGCUCGAGUCCUCUCUUCAGUCUAGGCUCGAAAAGGCGCUCAAGCAGAGCGAAGUGGGCAGCAAAGCGAAGCAACUCAAAGUCGUCAACAAAGUCAACCCGAAUGUGCAAGGAGGCCUCGUUGUUGACUUUGGCGACAAGUCCAUCGAUCUCAGUGUCGCAAGUCGCGUCAACAAGCUCAAUGCUCUUAUUGCUGGUAUGCUCUAAAUAUCUGGUUGUCUCAACAAAGGCUAAAUCUUUGAUCUGCUAGAAUCUGUCUAGAGGCUACUCGGUUGAGCCAUUGAUUGCAUUGUCCGCCAAUCAGGUGGUGACAUUUCGCAC